AUUUACUGCAUAUCACAUGUGUGUAACCAAUAGUAGGUAAUAGAUAACUAUUAGUAUUAUUUACUCUUCAUAUCAUUAACGUACGUAUGACGGUAUGUGUAUGGACGUGAAUUUAUUUUCUUACACUGUGGUGUUAUUUCUCACAAUCUCGGCAGAUGGCGCUGCAUGUAAGUGGCGUGAUCACUGUCAAUAAACAUGUCCUCAAGUUCGUCGCUAUACACGGAAAUAUUUGGAGUUGUUUGCGUUGUUUUGGCGCUGAUCAAAACAGCGCAAUGUUAUAAGCCAGUAAUAAUUAUUCACGGAAUUCUCGACAGCCCAGACGAACUCGUCGGAUUGAAAAAAAACAUUGAAGAGGCACACCCUGGAACAAACGUGACCAUCGUGGACCUCUACAAUGAUGCUGAGAGCUUCACACGGAUGUGGACACAGGUCAGUGACUACUCGCAGAAGAUGGGAGCUAUGAUGAAUGCCAGCAAGGAUGGUGUUCAUCUCAUAUGCUACUCACAAGGUGGUCUGAUAUGCAGAGGAGUGCUUAGUGUGCUUCCCUAUCACAACGUUGAUACGUUUAUAGCCCUCAGUUCUCCCUUGAUGGGUCAAUUCGGCGAUACGAGCUACCUACGCUUCUUUUUUCCACACUUUACAAAGCAUCACAUAUAUGAGUUUUUCUACUCUACGUACGGACAGCAUUUCUCUAUAGCCAAUUAUUGGAAUGAUCCUCAUCAUAGAAACCUCUUCCAAAAGUACAGUGAUUACCUAGCAUUGCUCAAUGGAGAAUCUGCCAAGAAAAAUAUAAGAGCCACACAAUGGAAACGUAACUUCCUGAAGAUCAAUCAUUUGGUUUUGAUUGGUGGGCCCGAUGAUGGAGUUAUCAGUCCAUGGCAAUCAAGUCAGUUUGGAAUGUUCGACAAGAACGAGACGGUCGUAGAGAUGCGACGUCAGAAGGUCUACGCACACGACGUGUUUGGACUACGAACGCUGGACAAGCGCAAGGCGAUCACCACCUACACGGUGCCCGGCGUUGAGCAUGUGCUCUGGCACAAGAACCAGACAGUGUUCGACAACUGUAUCAAGAAGUGGCUGCGAUGAUAACGAUGGUGACGACGAUGACGAUAAUGAUGAUGAUAACGAUGAUGACGAUAAUGAUGAUGAUGAUGACAA